CCUAAAUUUAAUAAUGAGUAAAGAAUAGUAAGUACAGUAUUUAUUAUUUUCCCACGACAAUUUUGCGUCGUUGGAAGAGCGAGAGCAGAGAGUGUGUUGGCAAUGGCGACUCCUGAAGAAGCUAAGCUCCACCACUUUCUUCAAUGGCUACAGCUGAACAGAGUGGAAUUACGUGGUUGCAGAAUCAAAUACAGUGAUUCCACUAAAGGGUUUGGAAUUUUCUCAUCUAAUCAUGCUUCUGAUGGGAUAUUAUUGGUGGUUCCAUUAGAUUUGGCUAUAACUCCAAUGAGAGUACUUCAAGAUCCUCUUCUCGGACCUGAAUGUAGGGCUAUGUUCGAGGAAGGGGAAGUAGAUGACAGACUCUUGAUUACCUUAUUUCUAACCGUGGAACACUUACGAGAAAACUCUUCAUGGAAGCCGUACUUUGAUUUGCUUCCAACCACGUUCGGAAAUCCACUUUGGUUUUCUGACGAUGAGCUUUUAGAGCUUAAAGGAACCACAUUGUAUCGGGCUACUCAGUUGCAGAGGAAAACAUUGCAGUCUGUAUUUGAUGAAAAAGUGAAGAGGUUGGCUGAGAAGCUGUUAAUUCUCGAUGGACAUCCAGAAAGAGAUGUGAAAUUCGAAGACUUCCUUUGGGCAAACUCCAUAUUUUGGAGUCGAGCACUAAAUAUCCCUUUUCCCCACUGCUAUGUAUUUCCUGUGGAUUCAGAAGGACAAGGUAGUGAUGUUUCUAGAGAAACCGUCAAUUCUGGAACACUUUCUAAUGGCUGCGACAGUUUAUCUAAUGGAGAGUCUGGAAAAGUACCUGAAUAUGACGAACUCCAAGAUAAAGUUGCUUCUGCUGCUUCCAUUUCACAAGGAGAGAUAGUUUGGGUGGAAGGUCUGGUCCCAGGCAUUGAUUUUUGCAACCAUGAUUUCAGAGCUGCAGCAACAUGGGAAGUUGAUGGAACAGGAGCAACAACUGGAGUUCCUUUCUCCAUGUACCUUCUUUCUGCUGGAGAAAAUCCUUCCACAAUCGAGAAGGAGAUAUCAAUUAGCUAUGGUAACAAGGGAAAUGAGGAACUGCUAUACCUGUAUGGAUUCGUCAUGAAUGAUAAUCCUGAUGACUAUCUCAUGGUUCAUUAUCCUGCGGAAGCUAUUCAAAAAGUUGAUUUCUCGGAGUCCAAAACUCAACUUCUUGAAGCACAGAAAGCUGAAUUGAGAUGUCUCUUACCACGAAGUUUGCUAAAUCGUGGAUUUUUCCCUCCGACCAACUCAUCUGUGGAAGGCAAAGAUAAAUCUGUCAGUAGUCAAGUUAGCAAUUAUAGUUGGAGUGGUCAGCGAAGGACGCCCUCUUACUUGCAUAAGCUAGUUUUUCCUGCAGAUUUUUUGAAUGCAUUGAGAACACUAGCAAUGAAAGAAAAUGAGCUUUAUCAUGUUUCUUCCCUACUUGAGGAGCUUGUUGGAUCUGGAGGAGAAAGGCAGCCAACUGACACAGAAGUUCAAGCAGCAAUAUGGGAGGCUUGUGGAGAUUCUGGAGCUUUACAACUUCUUGUUGAUCUGCUUAACAUGAAGAUGUUGGAUCUGAAAGAGGGUUCAGGAACAGAGGAUAACGACACCGAAUUACUUGAGAAAGCGUUGACCGCCGAAACCUCAGAAGAUUGCAGAGAGGCCAGUGGCAUUGCCCAGAUUCAUUUGCUGAGCAGAAAUAAGCGAUCUAGCAUAAUAUACCGUCGGGGGCAGAAACAGCUAACUCGUCUCUUCCUGAAGGAAGCUGAGCACGCAUUGCAAUUAGCAUUGACUGAGGAACUCUAGUUUCAGCAAGACGGCUCUUUGAGCAGCUGAUUAGGAAAAGACAAGCCGAGCCUGCAUUUCAGGUACCAUUUUCUGACGGAAUCUAGAUGUAUACCCAAGUUUGGACAAUUCAAGAUGGCUGUUUAAGCAAAUAUUUUGGUAGUGAUUUUGUUUAUAAAGAGUAUUCGGCUGUGUUAAGCCUUGGCAGAUGAGAGUUACGUUGUACCUGUGCUGGUGAGAGCAAGUCGGCACUCAUUAGAUUAGUUGAUAUGUGUUAAAAAGGUAGUUUAUUGGUUUUCAUAGUUUAUUGGUUUUCUCAGUCUUCAAUCAGGAAAGAACAUUACUUAAACAAGGGUUGAAAUAGACUCUUGGGUAGACAUGAAUUUCUUCUACUUAGAUUAUGCACUCUUGCAGGUUUGAGUUUUGUUGUCACUCCCAUGUGUUAGUGGUAAUUCUAGUAAGUGCUUCCUGUUGUGCUAUUUGAGACGCGAGAAAAUCAGCACAAGUAACAUUACAUUUGAAAUAAUCAUAACAAUGAACUAACUACUCUUUGUUGAAUUGCUUCUAUAAUUAUUUACUUUAGAAUGGAUCAAGUUUAAAUCUUAGAUGCGUCUCUGGUGGAGAUCAAUCUUCUAUCCCAGCAACAUUCCUAACUGUCCAACUAAUACCAUAGGCAACAUCCCCAGCAAUGAGUCUAUUGAAAAGGGUGAUGGCCGCGGAAUGAGGACAAUCUUGCCAGCAAUUUUCAUCUUGGCAAUACCUAGUAGUGCAAGUACAACAGCAGAAAGCACACGGGCACCUAUGAAUUUCUCUGUCGUCGUUUGUGAAAUUGGAUGAGCACAGUGAAUGCCAGAAUAGGGGCACAACCACAUAAAAUGAAAGCAGCACAUGUUAUUAGGCCCUUCUUCCAUGGUUUCUCAACUUGGUCUUGUGGCAAUCACCAUGAUGUCCCUGUACUUAGCAAAUAUGUUCACCACCUUGCACCAAGAGCUUGAUUCUUUUGGUCAUUUUUGAUACAGUAGUAUUCUCAUAUCCUAGAAGCCAUAAAUGGAUAUACUAACUAUCUGACUAACAGGGCAGCAUGGUGAAUUGGGAAGAGAAGUACCUGAAGAAUUGAGUAUUUGCAAGUUUUAUCCUAAAUCGCUGCUCCUCACUCGUAACUUUUGUCGAAAAUAUGCCAAAUGAAGGAUCUAUACAACAAAUAUAGUCAUAAGCAGGACAUUAGAUCCUUUACCAUAAAGG